UUGUCACAAUAAACUGUCAUCAUUUGUCGGCCACCAUGCGUGUUUUAUAGCUACAAAAAUGUUUUUAAAAUCAAUCAGUUACAGAAAUUCAUAGUCAUAAUGUAAGAUGCGAAGAUUUGCAACAUUGGAUUGUUUAGUCGACUCCAAUGAUGUUACUACAUUUUCAUACAACAAUGUCCAAAGUCUGAGACAAGCACUGUUAUCACAUGUAACGUAUCAGCCGCGGAUACAGCAGGCACUUCAACACACCAAUUUUCAUUUUCAUAGAACUUGUAGUUACGGUAAUAUUUUAAGAGAAUGUCAUGUAGGCGAAGGGAGGACUCUGUUGAUGUUCUGGCGUCCUGCGCAUUCUGAAAGCGGCGUCACUGUAAGCAUGUCUGCCUCAAGUUGUUCUUCGAUAAUUCCCAACCCUCACGCUGAUCGGGAGCUGCGCAGCUCAGCGCAGCAGACCGAUAUCACAUGCCGUUACAUAGCCGGUAUGGGCACACCAGUGUCAGAUACAGAAGAAGCUAGAGAGCGCAUACGCGUGGUGGCGGACUCUUUAACGGCAUCCGGGGCUCUCUCGCCGCCCGGCGCGGCGCGCUCGCGUUCUAUACUCGGCUCUGUCUGCGCUCUACUGCUUGCUAAACAGGCUUCGCAGUCAGCGCCAAAAGAAGUGAGCAGCGUAGCGGGCAGCCUAGCUUCAGAGAACAUCUGUCGCAUUUGCUUUGGCGGGGCAUCCGCGGAGCGUCUGGAGCGCCCGUGCGGCUGCCGUGGCACCAUCGCCGCCGUCCACCGUUCCUGCCUCGAGCGCUGGCUGCUGCAGGCGGCCACCAGCUACUGCGAGCUCUGCCGGCACCAUUACGUGGUCACCAGGAGUCACAAAUGGUCCUGGAUGCGUUCUCUAAUCGAAUGGGCGCGAUCUGGGCGAGGGCGAGCGCUGGCCGCCGACGCGUGGCGCGGGGUGGCGCUCGGCGCCGCGAGCGUGUUCGGCACGGCGCGCGCCCUGCACGCGGCGGACCGGGCGCUGCAGGCCGGCGCCAGGGCCGGCGGCCCUGCUGCUCUGGCUGCGAACCUGUUCUCGUCGCUGCUCAUCGGUAUCAUUGGUGCCCUAAACGGUCUCCUAACAACGUGGAUCCUUCUCAAGAUCCAGGAGCACCAGAUGUCCUGGCAAGCUUGGCGGGACAGCACUCUCCACGUGCGAGUGUUGCUGGCCGACGACGUACCCGACGAAACGCUGACGGACGAAGACGAGAGGCUGCUUGCGCGCACCGAUGAUCCGCCGACGAUUGACAGGAGCACUAAUGUCGCUGAUCCAUUUAUGGUCGCUAUGCCCUUUGCUUUGCCAGACCCCUGAAAGAUCCUCUAAAAAUUCGGUGUUAUGAUAACCUUUAAACAUAGUCCUACCAACCCCCUAACAAUUUUAUCACAAAUAGUGACGGGUAAUAUUUUUGAAUAUUUAUCGAUAUCGAUGGAUAAAAAAAUUAACAAAACAUAGCGAAAUAAAAAAUAAACUUAACAACAUAACAAGCGGUUCGAUUUUCUUGUACGCAGUACCUACUUAUAAUUAUAAUUUGUUUGGGCGUGGAUUGUUGAAAAAUUGCAGCAAAACACUCAGUCAUAUUUAAAGUAAUCGACAUGUCAGCGAAAUUUGUCUACUUCAUAGUUUCUACGAUCGCGUUUUGUGGCAUUUUCUCAAUGAUAGUGCUGAGCCGUCACUUCAGUACAAGAUAUGAUGAUGUAUGCAUAACUACAGAAUAAAAAUAAUACGAACAA